AUGAGAAGGUAUAAUCAUUUAUGAGAAUGAGUUAGUAACUUCACUUUAUAUAACAAAUUAUGGAAAUCCAUCAUCUUUGGCUUGUUGAUUGAUAUUCACGUUAUAUUCUACUGUAUAAAGGUACAAGAAUAAGAAAUCAUACAAGAUCUUGUAAGACUUAUGAUUAGAAGACAGAUAGAAAAAAAAAUAAUUUAAAUAUCCUUAUUUAUUGUUAUUUAUAUAUUAUAUAUUAUUAAUAGCAUUAUAAAAUAUGAUAAUUAUAUUAUGAGUUUUUAAUAUUUUAUAUAUUAUUUAUUCCCUUUUAGAAUUAGAUCAGCAAUCUAAUACAGCAUUCUAAAAUAUUAAACCUAGUAUUAAAUAUAAUAAAUUUAUGUGAAAGUGAUAUAUAUUUUCAAUAUCCAUUUUCUCCUUGAUAAUAGAAACAAUAGCACAAAUCUAAAUAGAAAAUGA